GUUGUUUGCUGCCAUCUGCUGCCCGCCAAAUUCAACACUUUAUUUUGUUGUCGAUCCGGAGUGACAAGAUGUCUCAUAAAACGAAUUCUACACUUCUUCCGGCUCUCCGGAUUAGGACGAUCAUGAAAAGUUCCCCGGAAAUUAGUGCAAUCAGUCAAGAAUCAUUGUAUUUGAUUACAAAAGCAACGGAGCUGUUUGUUGGUUGCCUAGCCCAGGAAUCACUCAAGAAAAGUGCCUCCCCUCGUAACGUGGUCUACAAUGACCUGGCCAAUGUAGUCAAUGACGAAGAGGAGUUCCAGUUUCUUGCAGAUGUCGUACCUACAAAGAUUUUGGCCUCAGAGUACCUUGAGAUGAUGAAGCAACAGGAACAAGAAGGGAAUUCUGGGAAUGAUUGAUUGACCUUUGCCCCUUGGCUCAAAAGCUAAGUGCUGACCUGCAGUAAAGACAUUUGAUGUGACCUGCUUGGUCAGCAGUGCUAUGGUAUUUUUUAUAAUGAAUCAAGAGCAGCAGACACGUAUGGAUGACAUUUACCAGAUUAGUCAUGUGACCAGUCACAUGACUUCUUUUCUCUUUUUUUCUCCAACUGAUGUAUCCAUUUUGAAAGAAAUAUUACAUGGGGUGAGGUCACUUUAUUUGCACACAGUGGUCCAAACAUGACAGUUCAAAUAGUUUAUGAGGAAGACUGAAUGGAUUAAAUGUGAAAUAACCCCUUCCAAAUUUUACAAUUUCAUUCAUUUUUAUUAGGUAAUACAAGCACUCUGGUCUUUCAGGGGUUGAUAGUAGAGCUACAUUGUACAUGUUAACUAGUCAUUGUCUCAUUCAGUCUAUCCUCUUUUGCAAGAUUUGUUUAUUGUAUAUUUAUUCAAUUCCCUGUUUCCUGAUGCAAGUUUGAAUGGUAGAGAAAAGUGGUAACACUGAAGCAAAUUUGUCAUAUGAGGACUGUUUCAGUAGAAACGAUUUAAAUACACUGCAUUGCUAAUAUAAUUAUACAUUUAGUAUACUCUUAACAGAGAUACAGAGCUGCCAAUCAUUUUGAUGUUCACUAAUU